GUUCCCCAUUUCACUAAUAUAAAUUAAUAAUUGUAAAGCCUUCCCAACUUCCAUUUUGUUUCUUUAAAGAGACUACUCAAAGGCCGAAUCGAUAAAACCCCCGAUAAUCUAUUGAGCUUCAAUAGCAGAUAUAUUAAAAUCAAUGUUUCUGAUGUGAUAAUCCUCCUCAGUAUUCUUGUUGUGUCCAAAAGUACCACGACAAGUGUGUUGCAAAUCUGGGAACAUCUUCACUUCCUGAAUUCAUAAAUUGUGUCAUCUUAUCGACCAAAUAUGUUUAUCCAAUCCUUGACUUAGAACAGUUGCACUGUUGGACGUGUUGAUUUAUCAUUUUAAUUGAAAAUUAAUUGAGUGGCAAUUAAUUCAACAGAAACUUUAUGUUAACGAGGGGUUACGCCACUCAGGCUUUCCAUGAAGAAAUGGACUUCCCCCUGGCAUACUCUAUCGUCGCCCACCAUAAGGUCGAGAACUUUGAGCGGCUCUUGCGAGCCAUCUACGCGCCCCAGAACGUGUACUGCGUCCAUGUCGACACAAAAGCCCAAGCUACCGUAGCAGCCGCCAUCGCCAACAUCGCUUCCUGUUUCCCCAACGUCUUCAUGGUCAGUCAACCCGUGAAAGUGGUCUACGCCGGCUGGACUCGGGUGCAGGCGGACCUCAACUGCAUGUCGGAUCUGCUGAACGUCAGCACGGAGUGGAAGUAUUUCAUCAACCUCUGUGGGCAGGACUUCCCCAUGAAGACCAACCUGGAGAUGGUGCGGGACCUGAAGGCUCUGGAUGGGGCAAACAGCAUACAUUUUAACCCCUUUCCCCAGAAUCAGAAAUGGAGAGUGACAACCACUUGGGCCCCGGUGAACGGACAUUUACAGUCCACAGGGAAGGCCAGGGGGCCGGCGCCCUUCGAUCUUUCUGUGUUGAAGGGCAGCGCCUACAUUAUCGCCUGCCGGGGAUACAUCAACAGUGUGCUGACAGACAGCCGCAUCCAUGAGCUGAUCGAGUGGUGCAAAGACGCUUACAGCCCAGACGAGAUCCUCUGGGCCACCUCCCAACAAAUGCCCGGAGUUCCGGGUUCCAUGUCGGCCACUUCUCACGUGUAUCACGGAAUUUCGAUUGCACGGCUGGUGCUGUGGAUUGGCGAGGCCAAGUGUCACGGCAAUUUUGUGCGGGAGGUAUGUGUGUUCGCUGUCGCAGACCUGCCUUGGAUCCUGAGCCAUCAUCACCUGUUCGCGAACAAGUUUGACGUGGAAUCGGAUUCAGUCGCCGUCUUCUGUCUGGAGGAGUACCUGCGGGAGAAGAGGCUGGCGGAAAUUGAGAGUGAUGGGAAAUGAUCGCCUCCCAUGUCUAAUGAAGUGUCCUUUUGUUGUUCCGAAAGAGGUUAGCUAAUUAUAGUGCCUGUAUUGGUCCAUAUGUUAUUGCAAAAAUACUAAUGGAUGC